CAACUUACAUACCAUACAACUUUCAAACACACAAUCUUAAACUUUAAACAAUGCAAACAACAAUGAUGGGUGUGAAAACCGACAACAUACACCCCACCAUGGAGCCACAAGUACAUCUAAAGGACAAAAAGGUAAAAGAACUAGUAGCCGACACUAAGCGGCUAGUGGAGGUACCGUACACAGCCACCCUGGCGCACACGUUGAAUGCGCUGGUGGCGAACCAGGUGGUGGCAGUGCCGGUGGCUGCACCACCUGGUCAUUGGAUUGGGGCUGGUGGGUCUAUGAUAUUAGAGUCGGAUAAACAUACGGGUGUUGUGAGGAAACAUUAUAUAGGGAUGGUUACUAUGUUGGAUAUAUUGUCGCAUAUUGCGGGGGAUAAACCGGAUGGCGGCGAUGAGGGGUUGGAUAUGGAGGAGAGGAUGGCGGUUCCGGUUUCGUCGGUUAUCGGUCAUUGUCUUGAGAGUCUUAGCCUUUGGACGCUUAACCCUUGCACCAGCAUUCUAGACUGUAUGGAGGUGUUUAGCAAAGGAAUUCAUCGCGCAUUAGUACCACUGGAUAGCAACAUGGAGAACGUAGCCGGAGUAGAGCUCGUUGAGUCGGCCUCGACAUACCGAAUGGUCACACAAAUGGACCUCAUCAAGUUCUUAAAAGGACACGAACCCGAACUCAAACAUAUACUCAACCAAACCGUGCACGAACUGUCUGUAGUAGUCGAACCCGUCUUUGGCGUCACUAAUCACACCAAAGUCAUAGAUGCCAUCAAGUCAAUGAGAGCCGGCUCUCUUAACGCCGUCCCUAUCAUUGAAUCUACAAAUCCCACAACCGAAGAUCACUCGCUACUCGUAAAUGGAAAAGGGAGGAAAGUGAUCGGUACAUUUUCGGCUACGGAUUUGAGAGGGUGCCCGGUUUCUCAGUUGCAAUCUUUUUUGCCGGCAAGUGUGAUGGAAUACACGACGAGCUUGUUGUCCGUGUCGGCUAAUAUGGCAGGGUCGAGCCCGAGGGAGCUUGUGAUUUGCUACGGUGAAUCACGACUAGGUGAAGUGGUCGAUAAGUUGGUGGCGAACCAUGUUCAUCGUGUUUGGGUUGUGGACCGUAACGGGCUGCUCGAGGGGCUUGUUUCGCUUACGGAUAUAAUUAGAGUGAUUAGGAGCUCUUUGUUAGAGUAGUUUAUAGCAAGUUUGGGUGUUUUUUGUUUUGUAUUUACUGAACCAUGUUCAUCGUCUUUUGGGUUGUGGACCGUAACGUGGUGUAUUAAAUGUUUCUUUUUUAAGAUA